UCAAUAAAAUUGUUUCGACUUUCAGGUUGGCAUUUCCUCAUCCAAAAAAAAAGGACUACACCAUCGUCGUCAAAACUGGUGUCCAGAAUGGAAUAUGGAUCGGUGUGAAUAUAGGCGUUGUUCUCGUAAAUAAUAACGCCGCACUAUCACGCAUUAUCAUACUUCACAGCAAUUGGCUUGACGUCUUCAAAUGCAGAAGCACUGACACAUUUCCAAUUAGCGAUCUGGCCAAUUUCGGAGACGUCACGGAAUUGUGGCUCAGCAGCGGAAAAGAUGCGUGGUAUAUCGAAUGGAUAGAGGUGCACAACAAUAAAAAUCACAAGAAGUUCAUAUUUCCAAUAAAUCGUUGGGUGACGGCAAGAGGAUUAAUGAAAUUUCAGGAAUAUGAUUGUGUGCUGCCACAAUUCGACAAAUUUCCUGAACAGCGGAAGAUGGAACUCAGGCAAAAGAAAAAGGAGUAUGCGUUUGCUCCUGCUGGGGACCAGGAAGGGCUGCCAUGCGAGGUCAAAAAAAUGCCAGAAGGUGAAAGUUUUUCUAAUACAUACAAGUGGAAGAUUUUCUAUACACAAGUACAAGACUUGAUUAGCUUGAAAAUUAUUGAAUUUACAACAUCACCCUUUAAGAGUGUCGAUGAUCUUGGGAAAUUGUACAGGAGGAGGAAAGCAUUUCCCGAACCUACAGGAAUGCACCACUGGAAAUCAGACGUUGAAUUCGGGAAGCAGCGACUGACGGGAUGUAAUCCGGGAAUAAUACAACUGUGCACAAAAAUUCCAGAAAAAUUUGAUGUAACCGAUGAAAUGCUCCAACCUUUACUCGAGGAAAUGACGAUAAAGGAGGCUAUUAAAAUGAAAAGGUUGUUCAUUGUAGACCUUGAGGUGACAAAAGAUGUUGGGUGCACAUACCAAGAUAAAGAGAUUUGCAGCCCCAUAGCCCUGUUUUUUGUUGACAAAGAGUCGACGUUGAGGCCUGUUGCGAUCCAACUAUUCCAAGACAAAGCCGAAGACAAUCCGGUAUUUCUUCCGACAGACGAUGAGUACACAUGGAUGUUUGCAAAGAUGUGGUUCAACAACGCAGACGCGUCCUACCACCAAUCAGUGGCACAUCUAGGAAUGACACAUUUGCUUGUGGAAAGUAUAGCGGCAGCGACGCAUUCUUGCCUAUCUCCUUCCCACCCUCUAUUUCGUCUUCUAGCGCCACACUUUUUGUAUCUUAUGGCAAUUAACAAACUUGCAUGGGAACUUCUAAUUUCUGAAGGAGGAUGGGUCGAUAAGACUAUGACCAUUGGUCGGCCUGGCUUGUUUGAGCUUUUAAGACGCCGCUUUAAAACAUGGCGACUCGACACUGACGGAAACUUCCCGAAGGAUCUUGAGUCUCGUGGUGUUCUUGACCCGGCUGUACUACCUCAGUAUUACUUCAGGGACGAUGCGCUGUUGCUUUGGGACGCUAUUUAUGAUUAUGUAACGACUGUUGUGAACGGCCACUACGAUACAGAAAUUAAAAUAUCGGGAGAUUUUGAAUUACAAGAGUGGCAUAAUGCGCUGUCGCUUCCAGUUAACGAAGGAGGGUGCGGCAUAAAGGGCGUACCAGGGAAAGGUUCCUUCAAGACUACAGCAGAAAUCAUACUAACUGUCGCAUCUACGAUAUUUACCAGCAGUGUGUUGCACGCCACAGUAAACUUCGGGCAGUAUGACAACUAUGGUUUCCCACCACAUUACCCGGCAUCCAUCAACGGCAAACCGCCUACUAAUAAGGAACCGAAAACAGAGGAGGAUGUACUAAAGUCGUUGCCAGACAAGAUGAAAACACUGAGCAUAAUGGAAAUUACGAAACUGUUGAGUACACAAGCAACAGAUGAAUUAGGGAAUUUUGAGGUCAACUACCAAUUUGAUCCAGUGGGGGAAAAAGCUGUUAAACAAUUCAGAAAGGACUUGGUCGUUGUCGCAUCAACCAUCGAUCAGCGGAACAAUGAUAGAGACUCGGUGUACACGUGUUUGGAACCGAAGCAUGUACCAAAUGCUAUUAGCAUUUAAUUCUACCUAUAAGAAAGGAUGCUGCGAGUUACGUA